UAUUCGUUCAAGGAUUGCUUUUUUUUUUUUUUUUUUUCUGGAAAAGGGUUGUGAUCUUGAGAAAUCAUUAGUCCAUAGCCGAGAUUGGCUUUUCUCUGUAAGUGUUGGUAUACUGAGAAUUCAGCAGGAAAGAUUGACUAUAAUUAGUAAGGAUGGGAGAGAGGUGGGACUUCGAGUUUGACGCUAUUUUGGCUGUUUCCUUCUUGGGAUUGAGUUUAUGGGCUGCACAAGUUUGCGAAGGUGGAAUAACAAGCAGUUAUGUUAGAAAUGAAGAUUUAGUUCAUGAUAUGCCGUUGGAUAGUGACGUUUUCCGUGUGCCUCCCGGUUAUAAUGCUCCUCAACAGGUUCAUAUUACGCAAGGAGAUCAUGUUGGAAAGGGUGUGAUUGUGUCUUGGGUUACUCCAGAUGAAGCUGGCUCGAGUACAGUGCUUUAUUGGGCUGAAAAUAGUGAGCUCAAGAAUAGUGCUCAAGGCAUUGUUCUUACUUACAAGUACUUCAAUUACACGUCUGGGUACAUCCAUCACUGCACCAUUAAUGAUUUGGAGUUUGACACCAAGUACUACUAUGAAGUUGGGAUUGGGAAUAGCACAAGAAAGUUUUGGUUUAGAACUCCUCCAAGUGUUGGCCCUGAUGUUCCCUAUACUUUUGGCUUGAUAGGGGAUUUGGGUCAAACUCCUGAUUCAAACAGAACGCUUACUCAUUAUGAGUUAAACCAUGUAAAAGGACAGACAUUAUUGUUUGUAGGAGACCUCUCUUACGCAGAUGCCUAUCCGUUCCAUGACAAUACUAGGUGGGAUACAUGGGGAAGGUUUGUAGAGAGAAAUGCUGCUUAUCAACCUUGGAUUUGGACAGCGGGGAAUCAUGAACUUGAUUCUGCUCCUGAAAUUGGAGAGGGUAAACCAUUUAAACCGUACAAAAGCCGCUUCCACGUACCUUACGGAGCUUCACAAAGUACAUCUCCUCUUUGGUAUUCCAUCAAAAGAGCUUCGGCAUACAUCAUAGUGUUGUCUUCUUAUUCAUCCUACGGUAAAUACACUCCUCAAUCCAAAUGGCUAGAGAAAGAGCUACCUAGAGUGAACAGGACAGAAACACCAUGGCUAAUCGUUCUCACGCACUGCCCACUAUAUAGCAGUUACAUACAUCAUUACAUGGAAGGUGAAUCCAUGAGAGUGAUGUAUGAACCGUUUUUUGUGGAGUACAAAGUUGAUGUUGUCUUUGCCGGUCACGUUCACGCAUAUGAACGAUCUGAACGUAUAUCAAACAUAGCAUACAACAUUGUCAACGGAAUUUGCACUCCCAUAAGGGACCCAUCUGCCCCAGUUUAUAUCACAAUUGGAGAUGGAGGAAAUCUGGAAGGACUAGUAACCGAGAUGACACAGCCACAGCCAAGCUACUCUGCUUACAGAGAAGCUAGUUUUGGUCAUGGGAUUUUCGAUAUAAAGAACAGAACUCAUGCCUUCUUCGGUUGGCACCGGAAUCAAGAUGAAUACGCAGUUGAAGCUGAUUCUUUAUGGCUGCAUAACAGAUACUGGAAACCCGCAUAUGAAGAAUCAUCACUAUCUGUAUCAUGAAAACAAGAGUUAUUAGUUUUCUAUCGUUAUCACUUUCUUUGGUUAUAAUCUUAUCUUAAACUUUAAA